AUGACAGGACCCAACUCCCCAAGCCGGGCCGGCACCUCCUCGGCCAAGUUGAGCAGACACGGCCGAUCAAAGAGCUCGAGUUCGCACUGCCUCCUCCGCUGCAGCACCCGGGAGGAAUCCUCCGCCUCUCCCCCUAAUAACAGCUCCCGGUCCCCUGGGGAGGAAGAGGAGAAGGAUGGAGGAGUUCUUUUCUAUGUCAACCGGACUGGAUUCCCCAUCGAAAGCAUCACCUGGGAGAGGAUGUGGUCCCAUGUGGCUGCUGUGCACCCUGAGGGUCAGGAGAUGGUGGACAGGAUACAAAAUGCUGCAUACCUUCCCAGGCAUCCUGUUCCUUCAGUCCCGACCUUCAGACCGUCCAUGUCGGUCCCAGACUGGCUGGUGUCCGUCCAGAACUACAUGAAGGCCCUGCAAUACAACCAUACAGGAACACAGUUCUUUGAAAUCAAGAAGAGCCGUCCACUGUGCGGGUUAAUGGAGACAGCAAGAGAGAUGAUCAGGGAGUCUCUGCCAAUCAAAUGCCUUGAAGCCGUUAUCCUGGGAAUCUACCUGACCAACGGCCUGACGUCUCUGGAGCGUUUCCCCAUCAGCUUUAAGACUCAGUUUUCAGGCCACUGCUUCCACCACGUUGUUCUGGGCGUCUACUGCAACGGUCGCUAUGGAUCGCUGGGCAUGAGCCGCCGCCAGGACCUGAUGGACAAACCGCUUGUCCACCGGACGCUGGGGGAACUGGUGGCCGAGUUUGAGAGCUCCUACAAGAGAUACCAGCACACUCUGAAGAAGGUGAAGAUCGGCCUGUAUGUGCCUCACGACCCCCACGUCUUCCAGCCAAUAGAAUGGAAGCAUUUAGUCCUGAAUGCCGCCAGACUGGGAGCUCAGGAGAUGAGGAAGGAGCUGGAGAAACACGGUCGAGACAUGAGGAUGAAGAUCCUGAAAUCAUCCAGCGCCCAGUCACCAAUCAAAGAGCGGAGCCGGGGAAAAUCCUUAUCACCACGGCGACGGCAGAGCAGUCCCCAGCGACGCUUCGCUCAGCGCAGAGACAAAUCGCCGGCCUGCGUGGAGAGGAAACCUCCGGAGCUCAGCACGCUCAGCGACGGCUACCAGAUCCGCAUCUGAGCCCCCCCGUCCCCGUCCGAGACGACCUCAGCCCCUCCCACAUCCGUCCACACGUCUCAACCUCCCCGAUCCUAAAGACUCUACCAGCCGCCAGCGCUUUAAGUGGACGAGACACUGCAGCUCUGACGAAGGUGGACGAUGAACACAAGUGCUUUCUGAUCUUUCAGAGGAGGAACUUCUUUGAAGCUGCGACUCGGAGAGAAAAGAGGAUUUUAUAUUUCAAGAAGAGUUUGGUUGCUUGUUCCGUCGCCGUGGAUCCACGACAACAGCUUCACCACACACUCAAACUCGGAUGUAGAAGUUCAGCGGAUGAAAUAUCUCUAAAUCUCCAACAUUUCAGUCCAGAAAUCGUUGAGAGCCGUUGUGUCCUGACAUCAUGUGAAAUUCACAUUAAUAAACCAUCAUAUCAUCUCUGUCGGUUUCAGAGCACAAUUCUAUGUCUGAGAAUUUCUGCGAUGACUCAACACAGGUUUUCAUCAUUUCUCCAACAUGUCGGUGUUCAUGGAGGAAAGAGGAGAUUCCCACGUGACUCUCGCUUGUUCAUCUACUGCAGCACCUUGAUUAGUUGCACUUUGACUUUCUCCAAAGCUUUUGAAUCGUCCAUGGUUUGAAUAAGAUGAGUAAGUCGGCUCCUACAUGCAGAUUUCCAUCGAUCGGAGUGGACGAGUUUAGAAUAAGGAACUCGUUCAAUAAGGAGAAUCAAAGAGGCAGAGUCGAUCGAGUUUCAGGAAGAAGAAGAGAGAGGAGAGGAGAGGAUCAUUAGAGCACUGCGGCAAACCUCCCUCUCUCUCUCUCUCCCUUUCCCUCGCUUCCUCUUCUCCUCUGGAUACGUAACCACAGAUGGAAAAUAACACUCUGAAGCUAGAAGAUUGUGAUUUACAGUCGAAGCACUCGACUGUAAAUCUGCAGCACGAAGGUGAAAAUCGUCUCCGUUUCGUGUUGGAACAAACUAAAGCCUGAGGUUUUAUUCAGUCAGUAAAUCAUAUGUUCCGCUCAGAACGAGAUGAAAAACAAGAGUGAGGAACUCCUGAGCAGCUCCAUGAAUCAUCUUCGGUACCAAGUGGCCUAUGAGCAGUUCAGUACUGUUCACGCUCGUAUGCCCCAUGUAACAUUAGGAUCGUACAAAAACACAAUCAAAUCUGAAUCUGUUUAUCUGGAUUCUCCUGUUGAGGCCUUUUGAAGAAUCAAAGUUCGAGUUCAGUUCGACAGUCACGGAUGAUUUUAACCCGUCUGACACAAACACAUGCAACGACACAAUAUCACAUAUCAAAGAAACGCUGAUCACACAACACAGAAAUCUGAAUUUAAAACAUACUCAUGCCCCCAACGGCCCUUUCAAUUAAAUGAAACUGCACCAACAUUUUUACGCUCAACAAAAUGCUGAAAAAUAUCCUGGAUCUGAUUUUAAUUGGUUCUUUCCUGACUGACAUCAGAUCCUGCCACCAAGUUCUGUCGAAUUCCAUUCUUUCGAUUUUGUGAAAUCUUGUUCGACAAAGGACCGGGCUGAAAACUAGAAGGUUAGCUCAGUGUGUUUUAUUCUCAUCUGAAGACUGCCAACAUUUUGCGCCGAGCGUUUUGGUUAAACAAUGAGUUAUGCACACGUUGUGUUCGAGGUCGUGACAAAGAACUCAAAUCCAAGUCUUCCACACUUCAAACAAAGGGUUUGUGGCUCAAAGAGGCAAAAAGAAACACAUUUUCAAACAUUUGUACAGAAAUGAAUCUCCGUCAUUAAGAGUAAGUCUUCUCUCGCUCUGUGCAGCCUGAGCAAUAAUCCCUGAUUCAAGGUGCUGUGAGCAAAGAGCGAAAUAUCUUUCACGUUUGUGAUGUUCGACCAGCAGAGGACCAGAGCACAAAGCAACCAGCUCAACGGGAUCAUAUUUGUACUGCAAAUUAUUUACAAAGGCUUAAUGAUGUUAGCAUCGGAAGAAAAGCACAAAGCUGCUUCCGAGUUGUUCUUCUCGCUUCGGUUGUCAACAGACAAUUGCGUAUGUUUUUCGGCCUGCAGAACUUUUUUAAAGAAUGGAACAUUUUCUGAGGGAUUCCAUGUGUUUUACAAACUGAGAUUCAACAGUUUCCUAAACUUCACUAAUGUCUCUCGAUGCUCAAAUAUGAGCAUGAAGACAAACAAGGACUCGGCCGCUCAGCGGGGACACAGACACUGAAACACUCAAUGUAGCAACGGUUUUUAGUUUAACUGGAAUAGAAACGUCUGCGUUUGACAAUUUAUCUUAUUGAAUGUUUCCUUUUUGUUUUUCUUCAUAAGAUUGUGGUUGAAAACUUAACUUUUUGGAUUUUGGAGUUUCGAUUCAUUGAUUGUAAAUUUUGAUUUUGAACGAGAAGCAAGAAUUCAAAAAAGGAAAGAAAAACCACCUUGUAUUUGUAGCAGGUGUUUUUUUUUAAAUCUUUUUGAGGUCCUUUGUUUCCAAAGCGCUGAAUCGUGUUUCUCAGCUGUGUCCUAAACUCACUGAUCUGUGAUGAACCUAAAUCUUUGGUGAUUUAUAAAGAUCUCAAAUCUCCUCUUAAAUAAUAUAGAUUCAAAAUUGAAAUAAUAUUAUGUCCAAAUUUUCAAGGUUGUUAAUCAAAUCCAGGAAUGCAACAAAAAACAACAAAAGAAGCCACAAAUACAAUUUCAUAUUUGUUACUUAUGCAGCUUUGAAUUAGAAAAAAAAGGUUUUUGUUUCCAUUAAAGCUGAACCAAAUUCAGAGCAACAUGUUGUCAGUAUUUGAAUAAAACUUCCAGUGCCUCCGCAGUGUUGCUCCCAUGUCUUUAUUUGUUGUUUUGACUUUGCUGUGUGUUGUUUGGAGGAUUCGUGCCCGUGUUUAUUUGCCACUGAACAAAGUCGCAGCUUUUUCUUAAAGUUCGCAAACGGUUUCCUUCUCUUGUUUUCUUCUUCAGAUUUUAUUCUAUGACAACAGAUGUAGUUUUUGUUUGCCUUCUUCUCGCAUGUUGUGUUACGAUUGUUCUGCGAGGGACAAAAGGGACAGACGGCCUUCUGUCAAACUCUUGAGAAAUGUAAUGAGGUUUGCUUGUGGCGCUCUGUGGGAAUCGAACCCUAAACCUCUGGAACAGUAUUGAGCUCAUUAGGGCUGUUGAGUGUGUUGAGCUUUCCUGUGGUUUUGUUUACCUGUGGAAAUUAACAGUAGGAGGAGCCGUGACCCCCCCCGAGUCGAUAUAACUAUCUUAACUCUGUUACAGCUUCAGCUGUUUUUAUCAACAACAGUAGCAGCAUGUGAAUAAAUUAUCUAUGUUUCUAA